AAAUUAGUAAAUAGGGGUGUAGGAACCUGCUUGUUACCGGCGGAGCGCACCUCCGCCAUGUUUGUUUGAAAAUUGUGAGCAAAGCGUCUGUUUUGCGGCUUUUGAAGUUAUUUUAAUUUCUUGCACGAAAUCCCUCCAAAGUUGAGUAAAAUUCGGCGGCACAAUGAGCAAAAGCAAGAGGACGAGUCCUUCCCCCGCAGACCAAGAGGCCAACGAAGAGUACGUUGUGGAGAAAAUAAUCGACAGUCGGAUAAAUGCGGCCGGUAUUAAGGAAUACUACUUGAAAUGGAUCGGUUACGACGACAAGGACAACACAUGGGAGCCCGAGGAGAACCUGGACUGUCCCGGGCUGAUUGCGGCUUUCGAGGCCGAAAGGGCCAACAAAGACAAGGAGCGCAGCAAGAAGCGCAAGAUGAACAGCACGCCGACGCCCGACAUGAAGGGGGCCAAGAGGAAGAACGACGAGAAGAAAGUGCACGGGUUUGAUAGGGGGCUAGAGCCCGAAAAAAUAAUCGGGGCCACGGAUAGUUCCGGGCAGUUGAUGUUCCUCAUGAAGUGGGAGGGUACAGAUGAGGCGGACUUAGUGCCCGCGAAACAGGCGAAUAUUAAGUGCCCCCAAGUUGUCAUUAGGUUCUAUGAAGAGCGUCUCACUUGGCAUUCGCCCACAAAUGACGAAAAUAAAGCCGAGUGAAGGCUAGUUGUAAGGAUAUUCAUAAUGUACAUAUUCAACACGAAUUAUAUACUAUUAUUAGACGAAAAAAUCAUUUGGACUAAGUAGGCGUUUAGAAUCUUCCCGUAUUAUUAUUAUUUGAAUCUGACUCCCUAGCUGUAAGUUUAGUUUCUUGACUUAAUCAAUAGAAAAUUGUAAUAAUUUUUUUUAUUUGAAAUAAAACAAAACACCA